AAAAUCACAAAUAACAAUUAACCAAAGCUUAACAGUAGCAGCAGCAGUCAGAGAAUUUCUCAACCCAAUUCCAAAACCCUAGUUCUCUCAGGGGAAACAGAAUCAGAAUUCCAUGGAAAAAUUGAGGGGUUGGAAAGAUUUAGGAGUGGUGGACACCAUCUAUGAGGAAGAUCUUGAGGACUUCUCCGCCUCCCCUUCUCUCUCUCCUCCCCUCUCUAUCCCUCCCACUCCCCUCCAUUCUACUGUACGAGCAUGGUCGCUGGCCAGGGGAUGUGAAACUGAUGUCUUGAUACACAUUGACGGCUCAAGUUUCUACCUUCACAAGGAUCCUCUAGCAGCAAGGAGUGGCUACCUCAAACGGCAACUCGACAAAUUGUCCGAAAUAACCCUAUCUCCGCUGUUAAACAUAACGGCCGAAACAUUCACUCUCGUAGCCGACUUCUGUUACGGUCUCCACGUCGUCAUAACGCCCUUUAACGUCGCUGCUCUCAGAGUAGCGGCGGAGUUGCUCGAAAUGACGGAGACUAAAGGCUGCGCCGCCGCCGACGGCGAGAACUUGAGGCAGAAGACGGAGGAGUACUUUUGUUGGGCGGUGGCGCUCAGCCGUGAGUACGUUUUGAUCGUGUUCCGAUCGUGCCUGUCGCUGCUGCCGGAGGCGGAGACGACGGCGGCUCUCGCCAGCAGAUGUGUUGAAGCGUUGAGUUUGUUGGAUGACGGUGACAGCGUUAUGAGUUGUACCGAAGAUUUGAAAAGGGUGCGAGCUGAGGAUUUUCAAAUAGUCAUCGAGUCCAUGCAUUGUCGGUUGACUGCAAAUCACGACCUCCUUUACAGAAUCGUUGACCUUUAUGUCAAGGAACAUGGUGGGGAGCUGACAAACGAACAGAAAACCCGAAUAUGCAAUUCCAUAGACUGCACCAAGCUCUCCUCUCAUCUCCUCAUGCACGCUGUCCAAAACCCUACCAUGCCUCUCCGAUUCGUCGUCCAAGCCAUGUUCAUCGAUCAGCUCAACACUCGUCACUCCCUCAUCCCCGCCUCCGACCACCACCGCCCUCGCCACCGCCACCGCACCACCACCACUUUAGGCGCAAUUCUCCAACGCGACGCCGCGCUCCGCCAGGCGGAGCAACUCAAGGCGUCGAUGGACGCCACCACCUCCCGCAUCCAAACUUUAGAGAAAGAGCUGGACGGAAUGAAGAAGCUCCUCCACGAGUCUGCGAAUGCGGGAAUCGAUUUGCAAUCCGACCGAUCUGCGAGCUUUCGAUUCAGCUCCGAGAAUAAGAUCGAGAGAGAUGACAAAGGGUCUGUUUCUUUUGGCGGGUUUCGCACUUUUCCGAGGAGAGAGAGAAUCGGAGGAGCAUCGUCUUCGUCGGGCGGGUCGGGUGAUGGAAUUAGUGAGAGGGUUGAGAAGAAAUUUGGGCGAAAAUUGAUUAGUAGAUUGAAGAAUGCGUUUCGUUCGUCGAAAAAGAAUUCGGAAAGCGGAGCUCCGAGCAAAGUGGUUAAAGUGGUUGGAGAUGGAGGAGAAGAGUUUGGGAAUGGGGAUGUUACUGUGAUUAAAAAAGAUGCACCUUUUCACCAGCGUUCUCGCUCUUUAGGUUGAUGCUUUUUUUUCUUCUUAUUCUUAUUUAUUUUAUUUUUUUUAAUUUUUUUUAUUUGCUCUCCAUUUUCCUGGCAAUAUGUGGUUGAUACAGUUAGCUAGUGUUUGAUAUAAUUUUAGAAUUAUGAUUUGAGAAUAGAGUUAUAUUUUGAAUUUGUGAGUUUUGAAAUUA